AUGUCGUCAUCGUCUUCACAAAAUUAUGAUAAACCAACCACCGCCCAUACUGAGUUCCCUGACCACCAUGAACAAAACAAACAACAACAACAUCGUCAUCAUUUUGUAUCAAGAAUCCACAUUCACGGAGAAGGCAACGAGUUAGUCACCAUUGGAGGCCAUAGUUACUAUCGUCAUGAAUUGAUGUCGGCUUUCGGUGGUUCCUUAAACCCAGGAGCUUCUACAUACCCCAAAGUCAAUAUGAACCCAGCACCAAUUGGAUUAUGUGGGUUUUCAUUAACCUGUUUUGUUUUAAGUUUAUUUAACGCUCAAGCUAUGGGCAUUACCAUUCCUAAUGCUGUUGUUUCCUUGGCUUGUUUUUAUGGUGGAGUUGUGCAGUUCUUGGCAGGUUUAUUUGAAUUUGCCACUGGUAAUACCUUUGCUUUUACGGCAUUGGUGUCAUAUGGAGCCUUUUGGAUAAGUUAUUCCUGUUUGUUUAUUGAAAGUUUUGGUAUUGCUGCUGCUUAUGAAGAUACCGAUCAAUUUAAUAAUGCAGUCGGAUUAUUUUUAUUAGGAUGGGUAAUAUUCACAUUUAUUAUUGUCUUGAAUACGAUGAAAUCAACGUUGGCAUUUUUCUUGUUGUUUUUAUUUUUGGAAUUGACAUUUAUAUUGUUGGCUUGCGGGUCAUUGACGGGUAAAGUUGGAGUUACGCGUGCUGGUGGAGUCAUUGGGUUCAUUACGGCAAUUAUUGCCUGGUACAAUGCAUUUGCAGGUACUGCUACCCGGUUCAAUUCAUAUAUCGUGCCACACACUAUGCCCUUACCUGUAAUAGAGUUUGGGAAACGGGAAGCAUAG